UCAAACUGGGCGGCGGGUAAAAGGAAAAGGAAAAAAAAAACGAAAACAAGUGAGCUGCUGUUGCAGAACGACAUACACACAGAAGAGCACUAAAACACGACAAAAUGUCCAAAACCUUGCAGGGAAUUACUUUGAAAGGAAGUGCCGAGCUCGUCGCUGAGUUCUUCUCUUUUGGGAUCAACAGCAUUUUAUACCAGCGAGGCAUCUAUCCUGCAGAAACCUUCACCAGAGUUACCAAGUAUGACAUGAGUCUCCAGCUCACCACGGACCCCAAACUGAAGAACUACCUCACCAAUGUGGUGUCACAACUCAAAGAGUGGCUGUUUGACUGCACGGUGCAGAAGCUGGUGGUGGUGAUCACGUGCCUUGAGACAAAUGAAGUUCUGGAGAGAUGGCAGUUUGACAUAGAGUGUGACAAGACAGCUAAGGAGAGCAGUGCUCCCAGGGAGAAAUCAAUGAAAGCCAUCCAGGAAGAAAUCCGCUCCGUUAUCAGACAGAUCACAGCCACAGUCACUUUCUUGCCCUUACUGGAAACAGCCUGUGCAUUCGACCUGCUGAUCUACACAGAUAAGGAUCUGGAAGUCCCUGAGCAGUGGGAGGAGUCUGGGCCUCAGCUUAUUGACCAAUCAGAGGAGGUUCGGCUUCGCUCGUUCACUACAACCAUCCAUAAGGUCAAUAGUAUGGUGGCCUACAAAAGAACAAACUCCAUGUAACAAUUUCCUCUGCCCUCUGACUGUUUGUUUUCUGUACAUAGUUGGUUUUUUCUUUCCAAAUAGAUUUUUCCUGUUUUGGUUUUUAUGGCUGUCUCUAAAAUAAAUAAAUAAAUAAAUAAAUAAAACGCCCUGGUUUAAAAAAGUGUUCAGUAUUUUCUUUUUCUUUUACAUUGCUUUUAUCUUUAAUGUGAUAACCGGAGAAGGCCAAUAGGUGGCACCAGUCUCUCAGUACAACAUACACAGAUCAGGAAUAACUAUUGUGUUUCCCCCUUUUUCUACUGUCUUUUUCUUCUUUAUAAAAAUAAAGAUGUUAUCAUCUCUA